AGCGUCCCGACACCUCUUCCAGUGCGCUGCGCUCCAGCGCCACACUCCGGGAGCAGGAGCAGGAGCAGGAGCAGCACAGGCUGCCCCCCGACACUCGCAACCGAAAAAAAAAGUGCUGCCUCUACAGACAAGAGAGCAGCCAUGGGUGCCGGCGCCUCGGCGGACAACGCCAUGAGCCCCGAGGAGCUCGCGCGCGUCCACGCCAUGCUGGCCCUGACCCCCGAGGAGCAGGCCAAGAAGGCGGCCGCCGCGAUGAAGGACUGUCUGGCCCUGGCCGCGACGACGGGGCUCGCGCGCGCGUCGCGGCCGGAGACCUGGGAGGAGGCUGCGAACCGCAUCCCCUGCCCCAUGAAGGGCAAGUUCGAGAAUUUACAAAGACAGAUCGAGAAGGUGCCCAUGGUCGGGAAGACCCUCGCGAAGCCCGUCGCCGCGGGCGUCGAGAGCGUCGAGAAGGCCUUCGUGGACGCCGCGUCGACCGUCGGGAAGGACCCCGCCGUCGCCGCGGCGUACCGGGCGGCCGUGGACGGCAUCGGGGUGGACGCGGCCGUCGACCUGGUCCAGGGCGCGCCCGGGAGCUUCACGGAGUACCUGGCCGGGCAGACCGACGGCGCCCUCACGGACGGGGUCACGGCGACCGUCGCCGCGGUCCUCGCGACGCACACGUUGACCAAAGUCUGGGGCGGCGCGACGGAGGCCUACAACGCGGCCGCGACGAAGUGCGGGGUGAAGCCCAUCGAGCUCGACCUUCCUUCCUACGUCGUGGAGCAGGCCAUGGCCACGCUCAAGCAGCUGGUCUCGGACAAGGAGAUAGAAUUAAGGGACAACCCGGGCGACGACGCGCCCGAGUCCGUCAGGGAGAUCUUCGGCGGCGGCCUGCGGACCGCGAUGGCGCAGGGCUCGGAACCCCUGGUCCUGGUCAAGCCCGACGACCCGCGCCAGAUCCAGUUCGUCGUUUUUCCCCAGGACGGGGCGACGCCCGAAAGACUGGUCACGGGCAAGGGCCUGGGCGUCGUCGUCACGGCCAGGCAACCCGUCGUCCAGAGCAAGAGCUGGGCGGUCCUCACGCUGGGCUUCGGCCGGCCCGCCGAGGUGGCGGGCGACCGGGGCGACCUGCGCGGCUACGCGCCCAAGUUCCACCGCCGCGGCCGCUUCCUCGUCGCGGACGUGUUGGGCGAGGAGUACCCGCUGAAGGUCGACAACGGGCGCUACUUCGACCAGAACGCGAUCAAGCUGGUCCGGCACGCGACGGACGCCUCCAAGACCUUCUACGAGGACGGCGCGCUCGACUUCAACUACUCCGAGGAGACGAAGCACGUCGGGCCCGACCGCUGCAAGCAGUGGACCUCGGACAGGUACAACUUCGUCCUGGGCCUGCGGAAGAACGCGCCCUAGGCGCCUAAUACCUUUCGACUCG